CGAAUAUUAAUUAAAAUUAAUGAUCCCAGGAGGAGUAUUUUCACAGUGUUUGCUUGAAAUAAAGGAAAAUUGUCCACCUUUGAAACACGUGAACUACAGCCAUAAAAAAUCAUUUAAACAUAGUUUAGAGUCAAUCACUCAAAAGAUUCCAAUAGUUAAAUCAAUACACAAACUCCGUUUAGAUUAGGAAUAGAAAAUAUACUAGAAUAUUCACAAAGUUAAGAAAUUGAAUUUAAUGCAUGAAAUAAAUAAAGUAAAUCCAAAAUUGCAUAAUGAGUUAAAAUAAAUUUAGCAUCAUCAACUGACUCUAAAAUUUGGUAUAGAAUGAUAAUAUAAAAGCUGAAUACAAACAAUAGCAAGAAUAAUAUGCUGAGUUGUUAUCGGAUACUCAAGAUAGUUAUAUUAAGUAUUAACAAUAAUUAGAUCAUCAUGGAUCAGGAUUAAAGAUAUUUCAAAACAAGCCUCUCAUUCGUAAUAUAAUGGAAGAAUACGAUUAAGAAGAUAGUAAUUACAGUGAUUCAUACAUCAAUAAAUAUUUGGAUCUUAAUUGA